CUCCCGGACGCGGCUCGGGCCCCGCUUCUUCCCUCCUCCCCGGACCUGCUGGAGUUCGACGACGAUGAAGACCUGGAAGUGUUCAGCAAGGAUCCUGAUGAUAUGACAGGGACAAAAAGGGGAGGUGACCUGCCCGGGCGAGGGAUCCGUGUCCUGUAAUUGCUGAGCGGCCCCGUCCGCCUCCUGCCCGCCUUUUGGGUGAAAGGGGAGACGCCCGCCUGGGUUAGAGAAGUUUUGCAGAGCACUUUGGAAGAUCCGCCUGCAUCAGCAGGAAAGGAUGCAUCCCUAACAGAGGUAAAUUCAUUCAGUCCUUUGAUGCCAACAUCCCCAUCUUCAAUGAUAAACCAGUACAAAUUUGAAGAUGAACCAGAAUUAAAGGAUCUUUCCAUUACAGUUGAUGAUCCAGAAAGCCACAUCACUGCCAUUGAGACAUUCAUCACCUACAGGGUCAUUACAAAGACAACCCGUGGUGAAUUUGACUCCAGUGAGUAUGAAGUUAGACGACGCUAUCAAGAUUUCCUUUGGUUAAAGGGAAGACUUGAAGAAGCACACCCAACACUCAUCAUUCCUCCAUUGCCUGAAAAAUUCAUAAUGAAAGGAGUUGUAGAACGAUUUAAUGAUGAAUUCAUUGAAACGAGGAGGAAAGCACUGCAUAAAUUUUUAAACCGGAUUGCUGAGCAUCCCACUUUAACUUUUAAUGAGGACUUCAAAAUUUUUCUCACUGCACAAGCCUGGGAACUUUCAUCUCACAAGAAGCAGGGUCCUGGUUUGUUCAGCAGAAUGGGACAAACUGUCAAAGCAGUUGCAUCAUCGAUGCGAGGAGGCACUGUGAAAAACCGCCCUGAAGCAUUUACAGAAAUAAUUGAUUACAUGGACGUAUUUAGCCAGAAAAUGAGUCUGUUGGACAAAAUCUCCCACCGAGUCUACAAGGAAGAGAAAGACUGUUCUUAUGAACUGAAGGAAUUUGGCCCCAUCCACACACUUUGGUCUGCAUCUGAAGAAGAUCUGGCUGACACGCUAAAAGGGAUGGCAAGUUGCAUUGACAAAUGUUGCAAGGCUACGGAGAAACGGAUGGCAGCGCUCUCUGAGAGCCUCUUCCCUGCUAUACACGAGUAUUUGCUCUACAGUGAAAUAUUCACGGGAGUUUUGAAAAGAAGAGACCACAUCCAAGCAGAGCUGGAUUCCAAAGUGGACACUGUAUAUAAUAAAAAGGCAGAAAAUGAUCUGCUAUCGGAAGAGAUUGGAAAACUUGAAGACAAAGUGGAGUGUGCCAAUAAUGCUCUGAAGGCUGACUGGGAUAGAUGGAAGGAAAGCAUGCGUCUUGACAUGAAGCUGGCUUUUAGCAAUGCGGCAGAGAAUAAUAUCCACUAUUAUGAACAGUGCCUUGCUACCUGGGAGUCCUUCUUGACAUCUCAAACAACAAACUUUUGCUUGGAAGAAGAAUCUGAAGAUCGGCCUUGACUUCUGCCUCCAAGGAUCUGUUACUUAAUUCUUCCUUUAAAAUGUUGCUAGCCAAAGAAGUGCUCUGUGUAUGAGAUCAAAUCCAUUUAUCCCAUAGAACUGUUAAAAUUCUGUGACCAGUGGAAAACAAAUCUAUGAAGUCUCAGGUAUUCUACUGUCCUGGACGAUAUUUUGAAUCAUGGUAUAUAUCUAUAGAGACGGCUACAAGGAUGAGACUAGACAAGCCUCAGGCUUGUGCACACCCCUCUCCUUUGUCACGGCCAAAAGGAGGACUUUAGAAGCGUCCAUUUUAGAUUAACUGCGAUACGUCAUAACCCUAAACUAUGGUUUAUUGAUAGUAUAGUUUGUUAGUAAACUGUGGUUUGAAGUUGGCUUGUUCCAGCUAACCAUAGUUAACAUUAACUACAGUUGGUUGGGUUUGGACAACAAGCAGUAGUUAAUAAAAAUUUGAACAAAAUUUUCCAAAUUCCUUGGGCUGUGCUGGAGGAGGGAGUAUGUGAGCUCAAGGCUCGCCCAGGCCUAUUCUCAUAACACUAAAUUAUGCUUUGGCAUUAUGUCUGAAAUGGAUAUGUGUGUGAGAGAGGUUUGCGUUUAUUUUUAACAGUAUCCUGCAUAUAUUUGGUUUUGUUUUUCAAAAACUGUAAUUUGGAUAUAAAAUAUUUUAAAUAUGUAAAAACAACUCCAUUUUAAUAAAAAAUUAAGAGGAUUUUUUAAAUCUUAAUUUUCUCUUUAUACUCACUGGCACAGCCCAUUUAGCUGGCCAUGGGUAUUUAUAAAACUUCAUAACAAUUUUCAAGUGAAAUCUUUUAUUAGUAAAUUAUUCCAGUGAUGCUUUCACUGCUAGAUAGAAUGUGGAUGUUGCUAACUGCAGAUUCCUCACCAAUUAGUCUGACAUGUCUGACACCAGGAAAACAAAUAUUUAAAUUUAAGAUUCUAAAUAAGUUGUCUAUCUGUCAAACUUCAUUAAGAAGCCAGUAUGUCUGUGUGUGCACACAAACACACAUGCAGCCAUAUAGGUACAUGGCACUGGGAAAAAACUUUUCAAAUGGUGCUAUUUUAUAUUAAUAAAGGCAAGGGUUGUACUCUU